UGCACAUUGACCACCUCAAGUCCGCCUCCUUUCUCCUCCUCUCCACUCGCCUCCGCCUCCGCCUCCGCGACAGAACCAUCGGGCAAUCAUCAACUCCUCCCCCAUCUCCUUCGCCCGUUCAUCUUCCCCAACUCCCUCCCCAGAUCCAUCGACUUCUCACGGCCACAAUCUGCUGCGGCGACGGCGACGGCGACGGACAUAGCCACGCCUGCUGCUGCUGGCGUCGGCCUGAUUCCUUCCCUUCACCGGUAAGUUUCCAUAUGCACCAUCACCAUGGGUGGCAAGACUCUUCAGGUGUCAGGAUUUCCUGCAACUGUCAAUGUUCACCAUGUCAAGGAUUUGUUGGAACAAAUUGUUGGUCUGGGUAAAGUCUGUGCGGUCAAGCUCCGGCCUCCAAAGAACAUCUCUGCAAACUCAAGAUCUUUUGCCAUUGUUCAGUUCGAGACCGAGGCACAUGCUUCGCUGGUGGUGAAUGCGGCUCGAGGGAAUGCACUUAGGAGUGGAAGUAAUUAUCUGAAGGUUCGGCCUGCGGAACGUGACAUUAUUCUGAAACCAAGAACUGCAUUGUUUAAUCUAGAGGAUGCAACCUUGCAUUUUGGCUGCCUUCUGAGGGAAAGAGUUCUAUCUGUUCUGUGGAGCGGAACAGGCGUUUCUGUUGAGUUUGGAUUUGCUAUGAAGAAGAUUGACUUUUGCCUGACCUACAACUUGAAGAAAUACAAACUUGAACUUUCAUAUGAGAGCAUAUGGGAGAUCCAGCUUUAUCAUCCACCUGGAUCACAAAAAAAGUUCCUUUUGAUUCAGGUCAUGGCUGCUCCAAAAAUUUACGAACAAAAUUUAUGGCAUUCUGGCUCUAUGUACGAUGAUCCAUUAUUCAACUAUUUUAGGGAUGAUACUGAUGAUCAGUGGACCAGAACUACUGAUUUUACUCCAUUAGCCAGCAUUGGGCAAUCAUAUAUUCUUUGUCUGGAGUUACCAGCUGAUUGUUAUCUCCCGAAUAUUCGAGAGUACUUUGUUUACUAUAAAAAUCACAAUCAUGACUUCCAUUGCAUGCGUGGACAUUCAUAUUCAAGCAAUUCUUGCUUUGUUCCAAUUGUGAAAUCUCAAUAUUUCACUGAUGUCCCCUACGAGAUACUUUUCAAGAUCAACAACUUGGUUCAGAAUGGAAUACUUAGUGGGCCAACACUUGAUGACAACUUCUACAGUUUGGUCAGCCCGGGAUAUGUAUGUAUUGACCAUAUAAAGCAUGCACUUGAAAAUAUGUCAUACCUAAAGAAGACUUGCUUGAAUCCAAUAAAUUGGUUAUCUGAAAAAUACAAAGAAAUUCAGAUAUCACGCCACAUGUUAACAUCACCAAACAUAGCUCUGGAUGAUGAUGGGUUGGCAUAUGUCUACAGGGUGCAAAUUACCCCUGCAAAAGUGUACUUUUAUGGUCCUGAAAUUAAUGUCUCGAAUCGUGUUGUACGGAAUUACUCUGCUGAUUUGGAGAACUUCCUUCGGAUUUCAUUUGUCGACGAGGACUGUGAGAAGCUCCGUUCGACUGAUUUAUCACCACGCUCUGCUCCAGGAAAUAAUGCAAGCAGAACUGCUCUGUACAACAGAAUUCUGUCGGUCCUUUCAAAUGGCAUCACUAUUGGUAACAAGCACUUUGAGUUUUUGGCUUUCUCUUCAAGUCAGCUGCGGGAUAACUCUGCGUGGAUGUUUGCUUCUCGGACGGGGUUAUCUGCCAGUGACAUCAGGGAGUGGAUGGGGAACUUCCGUAAUAUUAGAAAUGUGGCAAAAUAUGCUGCAAGGCUUGGUCAGUCCUUUAGUGCCUCGACAGAAACCUUGAAAGUACAUAAGUAUGAGGUGCAAGCACUUCCAGAAGUAACAAACGGUACGAAGUAUGUAUUCUCUGAUGGGAUUGGAACCAUUUCAGCUGAUUUUGCAGAUGAGGUGUCUAGGAAGUGCAAAUUGGCCCGCUUUACUCCCUCUGCUUUCCAAAUAAGGUAUGGAGGUUAUAAAGGUGUUGUCGCUAUUGAUCCAAGAUCACACUGGAAACUUUCUUUAAGAAGUAGCAUGUCAAAGUUUCCAUCAGAAAACAUCACACUGGAUGUCCUUGCAUACAGCAAGUACCAGCCAUGUUUCCUCAAUCGGCAGUUAAUCACCCUUCUUUCAACACUUGGAGUCAGAGAUAACAUAUUUGAACUGAAGCAACAAGCAGCUGUGAUGCAGUUAAACAGAUUGGUAACUGAACCACAAGCUGCUAUUGAUGCAAUUGAACUUAUGCCCAUGGGAGAGAUUACCAAUGUUGUGAAAGAAUUGCUGUUAUGUGGCUACCAGCCGGAUGUUGAACCAUAUCUUUCUAUGAUCCUACAAACCUUUAGAGCUUCCAAGUUGCUAGAACUGAAAACGAAGUCAAGGAUAUUCAUCCCAGAAGGACGAGCAAUGAUGGGAUGCUUGGAUGAAACCCGCACACUGAAGUACGGAGAGGUAUUCAUUCAAGCUUCUAAUAGUGCAAAUGAGAGUGAUAAGUUCGUCGUAACUGGGAAAGUCGUUGUUGCCAAAAACCCUUGCCUCCACCCUGGUGAUAUCCGUAUUCUCGAGGCUGUUUAUACUCCUGUUCUGGACCAUAUGGUUAACUGUGUUGUCUUUCCACAGCAGGGGCCAAGGCCUCAUCCUAACGAGUGCUCAGGGAGUGAUCUUGAUGGGGACAUUUAUUUUGUUUCGUGGGACCCAGAUCUCAUUCCAACUCGUAUGGUGGCACCUAUGGACUAUACUCCAGCACCGACGGAAACAUUAGAUCAUGAUGUUGUUAUCGAGGAAGUACAUGAGUAUUUCGCAAAUUACAUAGUUAAUGAGAGUCUGGGAAUCAUUGCCAACGCGCACGUGGUCUUUGCGGAUAAGGAAAGCUUGAAGGCUGAAAGUACACAAUGCAUUAAGCUGGCAGAGCUCUUCUCCAUUGCUGUUGAUUACCCAAAGACAGGGGUGCCGGCUCAAAUUCCGUCCAAACUACAUGUAAGGGAGUAUCCAGAUUUUAUGGAGAAGCUCGACAGGGCUACCUAUAUAUCCAAGGGGGUAAUAGGGAAGCUGUAUAGGGAAAUUAAGAAGCAGAGCCCUCACAUAGGGCAUUUCACGAAGGAUGUGGCAAGGCGGUCUUAUGACACUGAUUUGAUCGUUGAUGGCUACCAAGACUACAUCACCGAAGCUGUGUGGUUCAAGGGAGAGUAUGACUUCAAGUUGGGUAAUCUGAUGGAGCACUACGGAAUAAAAAGUGAGGCUGAGAUAAUAAGCGGAUGCAUUCUUAAGAUGGCAAAGAAUUUUACCAAGAGCAGUGACGCCGAUGCUAUCAGACUGGCGGUGAAAUCUUUGCGGAAGGAAGCAAGGUCAUGGUUCAGCGAUAUGAGCGCCGAUGAGAGCGGGGAUGUUCAUGAAGCAUCGUACGCCAAGGCGUCCGCUUGGUAUCAUGUUACCUAUCACCCGGAGUACUAUGGCUGUUACAACAAAAUAUAUGAGCGGCCACAUCUCAUCAGCUUUCCAUGGUGUGUCUAUGACAAGCUGCUUCACAUCAAGCAGAGGAAGUCACUUCGGAGGAGGUUGCUCGAUCUCCAGAAUGGCAUGAGACGGAACAAUAUAUUAGGUUGAGUGCGACCAUCAGCCGUGGUUCACCUUGGUACAUUCAUUUGAACAUGUCGAUUCUUGUGCUAGAAAUGAUCAUCGAGGGCAGCUAUUAUUGCAAACUAGUAGUAGUAUAUGAUAUGUGGUGAUGGACAUGUGUCUACGAACCUUGGGGUCUUUUGAAUGCAGUCGUUAAAUAUAUUUCUGUGGUUUGAUCUGUAA